AUGGAUCCUGACUUACAAGAUGAAAGCGAAAGGCCUCAAAAAAGAGCCUUCUUACGUGAACAAAUUAUCAAUAAAGGAUAUUCCCCAGAAGAGUUCACAGACUAUUGCGAUAUCCUAAGAGGAGCUGAUAUUGAUCUUUGGACUCUUGCAGAAUUAAAAGAAUGUGUAAGAAAUUUCCAAGCAAUGCAAGCCAAAAAAGCUGAUGAAGAAAAAAAUAAUAAUGAAGAACCAGAAAACAAGCACGACAAAGAGCCAAAUUUGAGCCAGCCCAGCAAUCAGUCCUUAGAAGAAGAGAAAUUUCCUGUUACUAAAAAACCCAAUCAAAAUGAGAGCAUUACAACAGAAAAACCCCAAGAAAACAUUGAAGAAACCAAAGAAGUCACAGAAACUUCUAAUCAAGGACAAUCGGAACCGACAGAGCAAAAAAACGAUCAACAGCUUGAAGUGAAACAAGAGCCUCAAAGAACUCUCAGUUCUUUUGAAGACCCAAAAACAUAUUUCUUAAAUGCUUUAAAAACCACUGAUAACCAGCUUUCUAAAGAAAUUUCUCCUGACGUUCAUGUAGGAUGGUAAUUUUUAUAAAUUAAAAAGAAAUAAAAGGAUUUUGCAAUAGUUUUUAGAUAAAUAAGCCAUUUAUUUAGAAGGGUAUAUAUAGUCCAGAAUAUUCUACAGGUGGCAUGUUUUCUACUACAAAAAUAAAUUUCCCAAUUACUACAAAACCUUUUAAUUGGAAAGUUAAGCGUCAAGAAGACGAUUUUGUUUGGCUUAAAGGAAUUCUAGGCACCUGCUUCCCUACAUCAUAUUUACCUCCAAACCCUCCUAAAAGAGUCAUUGGUGCUCAUGGAGAAGAAAACCAAGAAAAGCAGCAGGCUUAUUUACAGCAUUUUCUAUCAACAAUUGUCAGAAAUCCUCUAUUCAAAAGGUCACAAUUUCUCUUACACUCUAGACAAAUAAAAUUUUUUUGUGCUGUUUUUUAAAAGCUAAAAUGAUUUUUUAGAAUUAAUUUAAUUUAUAGAAUUUAUGUUUUAACUAAAUUUUGAUUAAACUUAAUAAAAUUAGUCAGAGAUUUCAGUAUAAUAAUCAUUAUUUAUAUAGUUAGAUAUUUUAUGUAUUAGAUGAAAAAUAAGAUUUUUCUUACUCCCCCCCCCCUCCGUGAGUGAACAAAACCAUUAGAAAAAUCGCUAUUUUUUGCCCAAAAACCCACCCUCCGUGUGAGUGAACAAAAAUUUUUUUAAUAGAAAAAAUUUUUUUAUGGAAAAAAAGUUUUAAUAUAUAAAUGAUAAUUAGUAUAAUGAAAUAUAGAGCUAAUUCUGUUUAAUUUUAAACAAAUUGCGUUUUAAAACAUAAAUUUUGCAAAUUGAAUUAAUAUUUUCUUUCCAAUUUUUGCGAAUUAGGAUUUUUUAAAUUUCGAAAAAAAACAAUAUUUUUUUUAAAAUUUAUAUAUAAAUUUUUUUUUAAAAAAAAAAUUAAACCCCCUCCGUGAGUGAACAAAAGUUUUUUGUUCACUCACGGGGGGGGGGGGGAGUUAUAGUUAUAAUUUCUCAUAGGAGGAAUUAGGAUUUCUCAAAGAAGACGACCCUAAAGAAUUUUCCAAGCUUAAAAAACAAGCCAGCAAGGUCAAAAAGCCUCAAAAUUAUUCUGAAUUUUUAACCCUUGACGGCUACCUUGCUUGUGACCCAAAACACGAUGAAAAAGAAAAUGCAAACAUUGAGGAUUAUUUAAAAAACACCCAAAUUUUGAAGAAAAAACUAAAGAGACAGACUGAUUCCUUGUGUGAAGCCAUAAAUAAUGUAGCUGCAAUGAUUCUUGAUAUAGCAAGAAGCUUUGAAGCUUUAGAAAAUCUCCAAGAUAAAUUCCCAGGCAUUCCAGGUGUUAAGCCUUUGUAUAAUUCGCUGAAAACUAGCUUUGCGCUCUGGUCAGAUCGUGAAAAUGAAUCAGCUGAAAUUGUGAAAAACUAUUGCAAUUUUUUCUUUAAAUAUGAAUAUAAUGAAGUUAUACCACUAAUUGAGCUUGCAAAAGAUAAAGAAAUUAAAUGUGCUGCAUAUCAAAAAGCUUUACAAAAGCUAAAAAGUAUACUUUUUUGUAUGAAAUUAAUAGGAAUUAUAGAAAAUUAUUAUUAAUUUUUAUAAAAAUAAGGAUUUUUAAGAAAAAAUUAGUAGAAAAUUUAAUGAAAAUAGAAUAGAAAAGAAAAACUGUGGCAAGUUAAGGAUAUCUCUAAAUGGGGACUUAGCCCUGAAGCUUUAAAUAACCCUCAAGCUUUAUUAGAAGACAAAGAAGCAGCCUUUGCAAAAAUGAUGGCUAACUCCUUUAUAUAUAAAUUUUAAAGAAUUUUUUUUUCGGAAGUUAAAAAAAUCCCACUUCUUGGAAAUUGGAAGGCAAAUAUUAAUUUAAUUUGUUUUAAAAACUCAAUUUUGUUUAAAAUUAAACAGAAUUAGCUCGAGAUUUCAUGGUACUAGUUAUCACUUAUAUAUCAAAAUUUUUUCCCAUAAAAAAUUUUUGUUCGCUCACGGAGGGUUGGUUUUUUAGGGUUUUUUCUAAUGUCAUUGAUCGCUCACGGGGGCUAAGGAAACUAAAGAGCUCGAAAAGCUAAGGGACGAUUUCGCCUUUUACAACUAUCAAGUAAAAUCAGAAACUGCACGAGUUUUUAUUGACAACCAAGCCAAAGAAAACGCCCAUUUUACAGAAUUCGGAAGAGUGUUCUCAGACUAUACUACUAAAUUGCAUGAGCUUUGGGCAGAUUUGGUAGCAACGCUUACACAAGUAAGGCAUGAGUGUAUCCAAGCUUUUCAUAACGUAAGCUAA